GAACGAGCGAUUGACGUAUCUACUUAUCUCUUUCCGCAUGCUACUGAACGAAAAAGACUUUAGUGUCUUUAGUGAUAGAAUCUUUUAGAAAUUCGCAACUUGAUCACGGGUAGUGAUCGAAUCAUUACAACUCGAUCAAUCACGAUCGACUCAGCUCUAGUCAGAUUUGUCAAUCAGUGUUUAAUUAUUGUUAUUGUUAUUUUGUACUUUGUUGAAUUAUAUGCUCUGGUGGAACCUAGAUAUUACAAUGCAGAAUAAUAAUAUGAUGACUGAAUUUUCUGCAUUUACUAUUGAGAAAGAAAUAAAAAAUGUGUGCAGAAUAUGCCUUCAGGCAUGCCAAUGUGGAAUUGAUCUUUCUUCCGACAAUGAAGACUCCAAGAAUGCUUUAGAGAGAAUUUAUUUGUGUUUUCAGAUAAUUCUUAGUUUCGAUAAAUAUUUACCAUCAAAGAUUUGUGAGAGCUGCAUUUUGGAAUUGAACAUUGCGAACAGUUUCAGGUUAAAAUAUAUAACAUUUGAAGAGAAAUUUGAAAUUUAUCUAAAACAAUUUACCAAUGUUAGUAAUAAGCAACAAAUCAACUUUCCUGAUUCAUCUCAGCAAAACAAAACGAAGGUCGAAAGUAGUGUACUAAAUGAAGCAAUCGAUCUUGAACCCCCUGACUUAAACUAUGAGACAGAAUCUCUAUGUGCCACCAAUGACAAGUAUGUUUUCGAAAAUCUACAAAACUCUUCUACCUAUAAGUGUGAAAUAUGUGAGAAAGUCCUAAAAUCAAAAACAUCUUUGCUGAAACACAAUAUUUCAAUGCAUCAAAAUAGAAAACAUAUUGGAAAGGUGACAGGCUUUGGAUCUGCUAGGCGAUAUAACUGCACAUGUUGCUCUUACUCCACUCCUCAUAGUCAGACACUUGUCAAUCAUAUGCGAAUACAUGAUGGAGAGAGGCCUUAUAGAUGUGAAUGUGGGAAAACCUUUACUCAAUCAUCAAGUCUUGCGGCUCAUCAAAAAACUCACAGUAACACCACCUAUUUUACUUGUUCUAUUUGUGGUAAACAAUUUAAACAUGCUUUCACUUUGAAAAAUCAUUUGCGUGUACAUGAAAAUGGUAAUUUGAUAUGUAAUAUUUGCCAAAAAAGUUUAAAAUCCAAACAGUCACUUAAGGAUCACAUGCAUCGGCAUUACAACAUUCGCAAUUACAACUGUGAAGAUUGUGGAGAUACCUUUGUUACAUCUUCAGAAUUACUAAACCAUAGGAAGAAACAUAGUACAGAAAAAACAGUGGAAUGUCAUCUAUGUGGGUACAAAACUCAUACAAAGAAAAACUUAGUAAUUCAUUUAAAAAGACAUACAGGUGAUAAAAUGUUCAAAUGUCAUGUCUGUGAAGUGACAUUUUACACGGGAGGUGAUUUACGGCGGCAUAGAAGAGUGCACACACGCGAAAAGCCAUACUCUUGUCCAACAUGUGCUCAACGCUUCACACAUAGUUCCAGCCUAAACAAGCACAUGCACACAGUUCAUGGAGUUGAGUAUAAGUGGGGAGAUUUCAAAUGGAAAGAAAUAAGAAAACUUAAAAACACCAAAAAGUGAAUUUCUCACAUGUAAUAAUAUGAUAGAUUCAAAACUAAAUGAAUAAUACUUAAGUAAAUAAAACAAUAUUAUUCA